UACAAAAUUUUAAGCGGUUGCAGCAAGUCGUGUUUUGGGUGCAAUUCAAGUGAUUAAGUCUUAUCAAGUAAAAGAGAAUGAAGUUGUGUUUAUCACUGGUGCUGCUGUUGCCGGCGCUGCUAAGCGCCGAAUUUUGUGGCACACCAACCGAUCCCAGCAUGUCGUCCAUACGUCCCAAUUUGUACCGGGGACAGCAGGAGUUCUCUGUGGCCAUGCUGGAUGCCAUACGUAAGGCGACGCCCAAUGAGAAUGUCUUCUUCUCACCCUACAGCACUUACCAUGCCUUAUUAUUGGCAUAUUUUGGCGCCACGGGGGAGACGGAACAGGAGCUGACCAAGACGCUACGAUUGAGCUGGGCACCGUCCAAGGAGGCUGUGCGUAGCGCAUAUCGCACGGAGAAGCAGGCCCGUGCUCUGCGAGCCAAGGAAAUGCCCUUGGAAUUCUCCUCCGCCGAUCGUCUGUACUUCGAUAAUCAGGUGAGCCUGGCCAGCUGCUUGGAUUCUCGUCUACACGACGAAAUUGUGCAGUUGAACAUCAGGGAUAAUGCGGAGCUGACGCGUCAGCAGAUCAACUCAUGGAUUGCCAAUGUUACACACGAUCAAAUCAAGGACAUGCUUGCCGCCGGCGAUAUCGACUCGCGCACUCAACUUGUGCUGGCCAACGCGGCCUACUUCAAGGGCCAGUGGUCUAGUCGCUUCAAUGCAGACAAGACCGAACAAAUGCUUUUCUAUACGUCAAGCGAAAACUAUUCCUUUGUGCCGAUGAUGAAGCAGAAGGGCAAUUUUCUCUUGAAUCCGGAUGAGCGCCUAGGUGCCCAUGUACUGCAGCUGCCCUAUCGCACAUCGAUGAAGGAAACCGAUGAGGAUUCGGAUAUAUCUAUGGUCAUUAUACUGCCACCCUUCAACACCGAUGCUCUGGAACGGGUACUGGCCAAGCUAAAUGCCGAGACGUUGGAGGCAGCACUCAAGGAAGCCUCGUCUCGCGAGAUUGAGGUUUCGCUGCCCAAGUUUGAGUUUGAGCAGCGUCUGGAACUCGUGCCGAUCCUGCGUGAAAUGGGCAUCAAUCAGAUAUUCGAUAGCAACGCCAGCUUCAAUGACUUUAGUACCGAGCAGAGCAUCAAUUUCGGUGAUGCCAAGCACAUGGCCAAGAUCAAGGUAGAUGAGGAGGGCAGCGUUGCGGCGGCGGCCACCGUUUUGGUUAGUUUCCGUUCGGCCCGACCCAUUGAACCUACCAAAUUUGAAUGCAAUCAUCCAUUUGUAUUCCUGAUUUACGAUCACAAAGCGAGUGCUAUUCUGUUUACGGGCAUCUAUCGUGAUCCCAAGACAAUGAAAUAAAUGCCACGCCCCCAUAGGAAGAUGCGUGUCAGUAUGCCAGUGCCGCGUGCGAGUGUGUGUGUGACUCCUGUAAUAAUUUAACUUACAAUCGCUAACCAAAUUUUGUCUCGAAUAAGCGCAAGGACCUUAAGCCUGUAAUUUUAUUUGUAAAAUAAAUUAUAGGAAUGUGUAUGAACAAACCAUUAUAACUUCUA